AUGGCUUUAAAAUGGUUUCUAAAUUCUGCAUUUACUCAAGUUUUUGGUCACACGGACACCCUGCAGAGAAGCGAUGUGCUAGCAUGUCCAAAUAAUCAAGGCCAGCUGCAGGUCCAGGGAUGUGUGAGGAGCUUGAGGGAUGUAAAAGAAGGUGGGGUUACAGGGAUUGCAAUGAGAAAAGAAGUGUACGCAAGCGGGUUCCAGGUGCCACUUCACUACCCAAGGUACACAAUGGCAGACUAUGAGAAGAUGGAGGAGUGGAAGCUUGACAUGCUUCUCAGUGAAUAUGGACUUAGUUUUAAAGGUAGCCUUGAAGAGAAAAGAACAUUUGCGAUGGGGGCAUUCUUGUGGCUAGACCAACUUUGA